UAGCAUGAGGUUAUGUGCACGAUUUUGCGCAUACAGGCGCUCCGCGCGCCUCCUAAAAGAGAGAGAGAAAGAGAUGAAAGAUGGAUUCCUCUUACGUCUCUCGUGAAACCGCUUGAUUCUCUCUUCACUCUUUUCUCGCUUCUCUACGUUCUUGUCGUAUUCGUCUUCUUCAAUUCUCCUUCUCUCUGGCCUCUUUCGCUUCAGUUUUGCCAUGGUGGCCGCGUCUUCCUGUUACGCCUAUUUGGAUUUUAGGCCUUGCCACCACUACAACAACAACAAUCACAUUGCAUUGUCUUCUCUCUUCGGAUCAAAUACUGUUUCUCUGAAUCGAAACCAGAGUAGACUCAACCGAGCAACUAGCUCCGGUGGAGCCAUGGCUAUUGUUGCGAUGGAUAUGAAAAAAGAAGAGACAGGUAACAAGAAACCUCCUGUGGAGAAGCGCCGGGUUGUGGUGACAGGCAUGGGAGUUGAAACGUCAUUAGGUCAUGACCCAAACACCUUCUAUGACAAUUUGCUACAAGGCAAUAGUGGUAUUAGCCACAUUGAUGAUUUUGAUUGUUCCGACUUUCCUACGAGAAUUGCUGGAGAGAUCAAAUCUUUUUCCACUGAAGGAUGGGUUGCUCCAAAACUGUCUAGGAGGAUGGACAAGUUCAUGCUCUAUCUUCUCACAGCUGGCAAGAAAGCUUUGGCUGAUGGUGGUGUUACUGAACAAGUCAUGGCUGAGUUCGACAAAGCCAGAUGUGGAGUUUUGAUUGGCUCUGCAAUGGGUGGCAUGAAGGUCUUUCAUGAGGCUAUCCAAGCUCUGAAGAUCUCUUACAAGAAGAUGAAUCCUUUUUGUGUUCCUCUUGCCACAACAAACAUGGGUUCUGCUAUGCUUGCUAUUGAUCUGGGGUGGAUGGGGCCAAACUACUCUAUUUCAAGUGCUUGUGCUACAAGCAACUUUUGCAUUUUGAACUCAGCUAACCACAUUAUUAAGGGUGAAGCUGAUGUAAUGCUCUGUGGUGGCUCAGAUGCAGCUAUUAUUCCAAUAGGAUUAGCAGGUUUCAUGGCAUGCCGGGCUCUUUCACAAAGGAAUAGUGAUCCUGCAAAAGCUUCACGUCCUUGGGAUAGUAAUCGAGAUGGUUUCGUGAUAGGGGAGGGAGCUGGAGUUCUGCUUUUGGAAGAACUUGAGCAUGCUAAGAAAAGAGGAGCAACUAUCUACGCAGAGUUCCUUGGUGGGAGUUUCACAUGUGAUGCCUACCACAUGACAGAGCCUCACCCUGAUGGAGCUGGUGUAGUUAUAUGUAUUGAGAGAGCGUUAGCUCAUGCUGGGAUUUCCAAGGAACAGAUAAAUUACGUAAAUGCACAUGCAACCUCUACACCAGCUGGAGACCUUAAGGAAUACAAAGCUCUUGUUCACUGUUUUGGUCAAAAUCCUGAGCUAAAGGUAAACUCGACAAAAUCUAUGAUCGGACACUUGCUGGGAGCUGCUGGAGCUGUAGAAGCUGUAGCAACCGUGCAGGCAAUAAGAACCGGUUGGGUUCAUCCAAACAUCAACCUGGACAAUCCAGAGAACGGAGUGGAUAUAAAAUUGCUGGUGGGUCCUAAGAAGGAGAGACUGAACAUUAAAGCAGCCUUGUCAAAUUCUUUUGGGUUUGGUGGUCAUAACUCCAGCAUCAUUUUUGCUCCGUACAAGUGAAAGCAAUCAUUGCUGUAAGUGGUUACAAGAACUUUCCAUGUUCAUGUUGUUGCGGGAAUCAACACGUUUUGUUAAACUACCAAGAGCUAAAGCUAAGUUUCUUAGGAUCAAGAUCUGCUGUGCCAUAGAACUUGGAUAGGAGCAAACGUAUCAGAGUUUAGAUUUGCCAUGAAAAAUUUGUUCCGUGUGAUACCUUUUGAUUAGAAACUUUGUAGUCUUUUUGGAGUAUUUCAUUUCACUAUUGUUGUUAAUCAUGCAAUCAGUAAUAUGCCAAAUCAUUCCUCAGUUAAGUUUA